UCUAAAGCCACUGCUUGUGCAGCAUUGAAGGUGAGAGGCGCGUGGGGAGGCGCAGAAAAGGCUGAAGUACUACUGGGGAAGACGUACUUUGGUGCUUGAGCGCUGGCAUCGAUCUAUGCCUGGACCUUCAGCUCACGACACUUUGACAUCCGCUGAGCUUCUGGGCAUGCCGGCCUCUUCUCGACUCCUUGGGGAUUCACGAGCUAUGGAGCAGCACUUGAGUUGGCUUUAGACCACCUGAGAAGGAGAGAAGCCACGAGCAUCCAACCAGGCUUCUGAAUUAUAUAUUGGCGAAUUGCGUCCAAAGGAGGUUCAAAGGUUGUACUCAGGAGAAGCUUAGAUUCACCAGAAUAGAUUCAGCUCUUUAGAGCCAUGGAGCCCUUCUUCUGGACGGCUGCAAAGAGCUGGCUGGCAGACAGAUGGAGUAAGCUCUAUGUCACUAGUGGCACAGGAUCCUCCCCCUCAGAGACUUCUGGUCGCACUGGAGCCGAAUGUGACCCUGGACUGGAGACAUCCGCCCUUGGAAAAGCAGACUCUGAACUGAGUCUGGUGUUGGAGGCGGAAAACCCAUUCUCUGCCCUCCCUGAUGAGCUUCUGGCCCUCAUUCUGCGAAAGUGCGAACCAGAGGCAUUCCUGUCGGCAUGGCAGGUCGGCCGACGGUGGCACGCGGUCGCAAGUCAGGAGGCAGCUCCCCUCUUCAACGCCAAGCCCCGGCAGGGCAUCGCAUUCCUCAUGCAAAACGAAGUCUUCCACGAGGAGUCUGCUGUCGCCCGAUUUCUGCUCAAGGGAGCGGAUCUCAACCGGGGCCUGAUAGGCGAUUACCUGGGAGAUCGAACCCCUCGCUGCGACAAGAUAUUGCAAGCCUACCUAGAACCGUUCGAUUUUGCGGGUCUGGAUAUUGAAGAUGCGCUCGAAUUAUUCGACGGUGGGUUUGUCAUGCCAAACCUUCCCCAUAAGCGGUUGCGGAUCCUGAGGAGGUUCGGGGAGAGAUAUUUGCGGUGCAAUCCCGGGUUGAGAUCAGCUUCCGAACCGGGGGGUGGUUUGCGGGUAGAGUUCACCCCCACAAUGGCAGCGGACUUGGCGAUGUGCCUAUUAGAUCUGCGGGCGAGCGUUGUGGACCGAAGCCUGUUUGAACUGAAGGCGCAUGUGUCCGAGAGCAGAGAACGGUUUCUGAAGUGGGCAUACGUGCAGUUGCCAGCACCGAUCCUCGGAGAGAUUCACGACCAGACGGUGGCAAAGCUCGCAGUGAGGAAGACAUAAUCUCGGAACGUGGUAUGCCAACUUGUGAUGCGGAGCAUUGAAAGCCAAGUUGUCAGGGUUUGGGCAUCUAAAGCCGCCUUGCUCAAGGACAUCCAUACGCUCAACAUCACACAUAUCAGUGUGCAGUAAAUGGAGUCUACAAGCGAAGUAGAAGGCCGCGGGCUAAGUUGAGUCUCUCAAGAUGAGUGAUUCGAAUGACAGCAAUAGGCUGCAAUUUGAUCAUGUUGCUCCGUGAUAUUAGUCAAAAACUCUGUCAAGUAUUGACGAACUCUUCCAGGGGGAAGUUGAUAAGAGGUGGCCGCCGGGGUUUGCAAUGACUAUAAAAAAGCCUGAGUGAUGCGUGUGCUCAAAAAUGUACAAACGUACAGCGAUUGUGGGCCCGGGGCGCUACAGAUUUGGGCAUUGACGAUCAUUGUUCAUCCGAAUACGUUAUGUAGGAACGUGACUGUUACAUACAAUGGCGGCGGCAGACCCAGCAGUAGCUAAACAUGCAAAGAGCAGCUUUCCAAUCCAGAGCCAAUUAUCGAGGUACGUUCGCACUACCUAUAUGGGCC